AUGGCGGUCAAAUUCUCUCCGUCACUAGAUUGCGCCAGAUUUCAAAUACACCCUUCCAUAGAGCGGCCGGUGAUAUCGAGACGGAGACUAGAGAACGAGGCCAUCCGACGGCUACUAGGAGAUCAGGCCUUUGCGCGGCGGCACCUGGCGUCCGCGUUCGUCGGCACGGUCGUGACGCUCUUCGCGAAGCCCGCGCUAAACGGCAAGUUCGUCAACGUGCAGGCGCCCGCGCCGGGGGAGUGCCUCACGCUGCCCGCCGCGUUCAACGGCCGCACCGAGAGCGCCGCGAUCGCGUGGAACGUGAAGUCCGCCGCGUCUGGCGGGCAGACGGUGAAGCUGUGCGGCAGCGUGAGCCUGUGGACGAGCGACAAUUGCGGCGGGUACUCGAGCGUGUUCGUCGUCCCCGGGGGAUGGCGGGAAGCGACCUCGUCGCGAUACGACUACCCCGACACGCCCGUCAAGUUCUUCACGGGAGUGUACUCACCCAUUCGCUCCAUAUCGUGCGCCAACUACGUCCCCAACGCGUGCACGGGGUACCGCUGUCCGCCCAACUCGCAGUGCGCGCUGGACGGGGGAACCGCGCCCACGUGCGCGUGCGUGGCGGGAUUCACCAUGCGCGACGGGGAGUGCGUCAGCGCGUGUCAAGUGACGGCGUGUCCCGCGAACUCCUCGUGUUCGCUGGUGAACGACCGGCCCGUGUGCGCGUGCAGGGACGGGCUUCUCAUGCGCAACGGCGCCUGCAUAGACCCAUGCGCGGAUACGGCGUGCAAGCAGCCAGCGACGUGUGCGGUGAACAGCACUACGGGCGCGGCGUACUGCGCUUGCCCGCCCAACUGGCGCCUGCGACCCGACGGCCUCUCCUGCUCUGACCCAUGUGCGGCAGUGCAGUGCCCGUCAGCGUCAUCAUGUGUGGCGACUACCUGGACGUGCACAACGGCGUGCGCUACGCUGUGGGGGUGCCGGAAGUCAAAUGGAACGACACAUUGGCGAAGCUAG